GGGGAGCACGACCUGGACGCGGCCAUCGCGCAGGCCAAGGACAAAGUGCACGAGGUCAGCUUCAAGCUCGAGCACCUCCUCGAGCAAGUGGAGCAAAUCGCCAAGGAGCAAAGCUACCAGAGGGGCCGCGAGGAGCGCUUCCGCGCCACGGGCGAGGACACCAACAGCGGCGUCCUGCACUGGGCGCUCGCGCAGACCCUGCUCCUGCUCGGCGUCGGCGUCUUCCAGAUGCGGCACCUGCGCGGCUUCUUCAUCGCCAAGAAGCUCGUGUAG